ACUAAUGUUCUUAUUUUUAGGAGCUUUAUUCUGAGGAUCACGAUGAAAUAUGUGUUAUGUUUGCGUCUAUCCCGAGCUUUUGGGACUUUUAUAGUGAAUCAUCAAUCAACGAUGAUGGAAAGGAGUGCCUGAGACUGCUCAACGAAAUAAUAUCAGAUUUUGAUGAAGUAUUGAAUAAGCCAAAGUUUAGCAGCGUUGAAAAGAUAAAGACGAUCGGUUCUACUUACAUGGCAGCCACUGGACUCAAUCAAAGAAAAGUUGACACUAAUAAUAAGACCAGUAAGAAUCAUCCUGUGGUUCAUUUGUGUCUGUUUGCUGUUGAACUGAUCAAGAAACUGGACCUCAUCAACAAGCACUCUUUCAAUGACUUUCAACUAAGAAUAG